CUUGGCAUGGUGUAGAGCAGACCCCAGUGUGAAGAGUGGCACUGCAUCGAUAAAUCCUUGGGAACGGUACAUAAAGCGGCCACCGGACAUGACAACGACCACACCAAGCACUCUUCCACACAAUGCUCGCCCUCGUCGCGCUCGUCCCCCUCCUCGCCACGACUCUCGCCUCCCCGAUAAACCUCGUCGCUCGCAACAACGAGGCAUACAUCGCGGAUGUCGAGAUCCACGCCAGUUGCAAUGCCACCCAGCGCCGCAUGCUCACCCAGGCCCUUUCCGACACCUGGGAAGUUGUCACGGUCGCGCAAGACUACAUCAAGCACAAUGGCCCCAAGGACGAUGUCUUCAAGCUCUACUUUGGCGACAAGCCAGAGGCCUACCCCACCGCUCUCGGUGUGUACGAGGCACUGCUGCACAGCGACAAGGCCGGCGUAGUCCUCCGCUGCGACAACCCCGAUGGACGCUGCGCGACCCCCGGCUACGCGGGUCACUGGCGUGGCGAUGCCAGCCCAUCCGAGACGGUCAUCUGUGACCUGUCGUACGAAGCACGCAUCUACAACCCCGGCUUUUGCAUGUUUGGCUUCCGUCUGGACAAGGACAAGCCCAGCAAAUUCUGGUCUAUCGAUCUGAUUCACAGGUUCUACCACGUGCCACAGAUCACCAACAGCGCGGUGAACCACUACGCCGCAAACCUCGCCGAGGUGGUGCAACUGUCUCAGAACAACUCGACGUUCUCGCCGUUCGACUCGGACGCACUGCAGUUCUUUGCUGCACAUGUUUACGCUCUCAACAUUGGCGCUGGUGACGUGUGCAUCGGCGAUGUCAAGAACGCUGUGGCCCCCACCACAGCCAAUGCACCGGUAGCCACGCCCAAGCCCGACAACAAGCCCGCGCCUCCCCCGACCCCGGCUACCACCGCCGACAAUAGCUGCCACACGCAUGCCGACGGCGCCGUCCACUGCGAGGGCCACGAGCCUGCCGCGGCCCACGAGCCUGCCCCCGCCCACGGUGCCGACCCCAACGCCGGCAAGGAGUGCCACUCGCACGCCGAUGGAUCGCUCCAUUGUGUGUAAGCUGGAAAACAACCAGGGCGGGGAGCAGCCCUGGGCAAUAUUCCACACCGUAGUAGAAGAAUGCAGUUCCUGUUGACCGUCA